GUUAUAUCUCAUUGCUUUAAACAAGGUUCUAGUAUGUUUUGGCGGGGGUUUGAUGUAAAGUGGUCGAAGCAGUAGUGGUCGAAACGUAAAAAAUAAAUACUGUAUUGCAGGCCAAUAUAGGCUUAUACCGGCAUGUGCGCUCCUACUACACCCGUAUAUCCGUACAUAAAUCACGUUAGGCAGCAGCAGGUAGUGACACACCCACAGGCAGCAGCAGGCACGCUGGAUGUACAUACACCGCACACUUCAUCAUUCCAUCUAACGGCUUUUGUGUGCACCGCAGACUCUGCCUCUUCUCCCUGUCUCCUCCUCUGUCUGCCCCUCCAGCACUCCUUUCUCCCGGCCAUCCUACCCCCCAUCACUCCCUGCCCGCUCCCCAGUGCUCCAUGCUGCGUCUGUUAAGCUGGCUGGAGUAUUACUCAUUUGGCAGGACACCCAUCUAUUGCUCUCAAUAGAAUAGGGACAUAUCCCUGUACAGGUGGUCCAAAGGAGAUCACGCUUCCCUCAACUGCAAGGUCUCCUUAAUUCCUCCUCUUUUGUUAAGAAGGGGUAUACAGAUAUCCAGACCCUCCCUCCGUGCCUUUUCUUUCCAUUCAGUAGCAUCCUUUCCUUACUAUAGUAUCUACCUCCAUCCUGCCUGCUCUGUCCCUUUGUUUUCCUUUGUUUCUGGUCUUCCCUGUGAGAUGGUUUAAUGCUUCCCUCUUCCUCCUGAAUCUUCCUCUGCUGACAGGUGUCCUACGGGCCCUCAUAUCUCACUAGUCACCCAACUGGGUGCCAUGAUAUCCCCCAAAGAAAAAAGCAAAGUUCGUCCCCCUAAAGACAGUAUGACCCUGUUGCCAUGUUUCUACUUUGUGGAGCUUCCAAUUGUGGCUUCCUCCAUAGUUUCCCUUUACUUUUUGGAGCUGACAGACGUAUUCCGGCCAGCACAUGGCGGGUUCCAGUGUCAUGACCGUUCGCUUUCCAUGCCGUACGUUGAGAGCAAUGAAGAGCUUAUUCCGCUGCUCAUGCUACUCAGUCUGGCAUUUGCUGCCCCAGCAGCUUCUAUCAUGCUCGGAGAAGGAGUCCUGUAUUGCAUUCAGUCCAAACUAAAGGGUCGUGGAAGCACAGAAGGGAGUAUUAAUGCAGGUGGCUGUAAUUUCAACUCCUUUCUACGCAGAACAGUUCGCUUUGUGGGAGUCCAUGUGUUUGGACUAUGUGCCACGGCAUUGGUCACUGAUGUCAUUCAGCUUGCUACUGGAUAUCACGCCCCUUUCUUCCUCACUGUCUGUAAACCUAAUUAUACCCGGCUUGGUACUUCCUGCGCCACUAAUCCUUAUAUCACCCAAGACAUCUGUACAGGCAAUGACCAACAUGCCAUUUUGUCAGCCAGGAAGACAUUUCCUUCACAACACGCCACACUUUCGGCCUUUGCAGCUGUCUAUGUGUCUAUGUACUUUAACUCCAUCAUAACAGAUAGUACAAAGCUUCUGAAGCCGCUGCUGGUUUUCUCUUUCUCCAUUGCUGCUGGAGUGUGCGGCUUGACGCAAAUCACACAGUACCGCAGUCACCCAGUGGAUGUGUAUGCAGGGUUUCUUAUUGGAGCAGGCAUCGCUGCCUAUCUGGCUUAUCAUGCUGUGGGUAAUUUCCGGGCAUCCUCCAAUGACCCUUCUCCAAGAGCUGUCACUAAGGAUUCUCUUCGUGCUCUAACACAGCGUGGACAUGACUCUGUGUUCCAUCAAAAUAAGUCCUCUAGCACUGAUGAACUGACCCCUCGCCCACGAGCCCAGGCUACUCAACGUCAGGUUCAGCGUGAAAAAAACUCCCUGGGUAGCCUUAAACGUGCCAGUGUGGAUGUUGAUUUAUUAGCUCCUCGAAGCCCAAUGGGAAAAGAGAACAUGGUAACUUUUAGUAACACCCUUCCCAGAGUUAGCACUCCAUCCAUGGAAGAUACUGCCCGCCGCCACAUGACUAUGCAUGUGCCUGCUGAAGGCUCCCGUCCACGGGGCACAGGGACUGAGUGGAAACCUAAGCCUUUGGAGGGACGUACUCUGACACUUGGGGAGGAAGUGGCAUUGGCACAGGCUCAUCGACGGGCAGCCUCUGAAACUUCAGGUAUUAUACUUGAUGAACCAGACCCUGAGCGAGCUCCUCCUUCAUUAUAUCCCACAGUGCAGGCCCGGGCAGGAGGGCCACGAGUCCUUAUCCAGCCACGUCCUGCAGCCCCACCACUUCUACACAUACCCGAAGAAAACCAAACUGGUUCCCCCAAGAGCAGCUCUGCCAUUAGAGCUAAGUGGAUGAUGAUGGCAGAGAAAGGAGGUGCGCCAAGAGUUUCUACAAAUGCCCCUAGAUUAAUGCAGGUCAUUGCAAUGUCCAAACAACAACAGGGAACAACAUUGGUGUCGAGUACACCUAAACAUUCAGAAACCUCUUCCUCUUCUACAACCAGCAGCUCUGACUCAUCCCAGUACCGCUCACCAUCAGAUCGGGACAGUUCCAGUAUUGUCACGAUUGAUGCUCAUGCACCUCAUCACCCUGUAGUUCAUCUUUCAUCAGGCAAUGGCCCAUGGGAGUGGAAGGCUGGACAGAAAGCUGGUGAUAGUCAAGAAACAGGAGAUUAUGAUAUGAGUAAGGACUACCGUGGCUACAGGACGCCAAAGGGUGCUGGUGUGUCCCCAGGUUCCUCCAUUAGUGACCUAGAGCCUGAUUCAGAACCACGGUGUGGGCCAACUGUCAAUGUUGCUGGAGGUGUUCCUACUCCACUAGUAAUAGACACUGUUGCCAUAACUUCAAGUCGGGAAGCUAGCCUGAGGAGGAAACUCCAUUCAGUUGAAAGAGAGGGGAGCGAAGAGGGAGAAGAACCAUUUUACAAGAAGCUUCAGAACCAGAGAUACAAGGAUUGAAGGAAUUUGAGAAGCAAACAACAAAGAUCUUGCUUGGCAUGUUUGACAAAUGGAAGUGACACUACAGAAAACAACAGCUAACCACUGCCCAAUAGGCAUGGAUAAUUCAUUCCUGUAUAGAACGUGAUGUCAAAUUGCAGUGAAAACAUUUUCUUUUAUAUUUGAAGUGACAUCAGGUGCCCAUGUAAAAUCACAACAUGAAUUUCCAUACAGUGAUGAAUCCAGCUGCCUUCCUUGUUUGUACAGUAAAUUAAAUAAUUUAACUCAAUCAAGAAAGUUUUUGUUUGGCUUGCAAAGGGAAUUAAAUUGCAUACGUGAAAAGGC